AUGUUUCAUUUUGCAAAUCAUCUUACCUCUAGGUCUUCUGGCAUUCUCCCUACUCCCAACACUACUUCUCUUGUCUCCUUGCCAUUUGUUGUGCCUCCUACAUUGAUCCAUGGUUCAUCCACUCCUCCUCAGUCAUCACCAACAACCACUAUGCCUGAAAUUGGAGCUACAACACCUACUUGCCCUUUUGUGUUAUGUGAUGAUUUGAAACCUCACCAUACUACAAGCUCUUCUGUUGCUAAGCUUCCUAUGGUUGAUCCUUCUACAAUUGAUGCACCUAUUAGUCCUCCACCUCCUUUAGGCUUAUUCCAUCUAAUGGUGACCAAAAGUCAUGAUGGAACACGCCCACCUCGUACU